UUAGAAAAACAAGAAGUGAUAAAAAAGAUACAAUCUGUAAACGUUGUGGCCAUGAAUGCUCAACACUUCAAAAACUUCGUGAGCAUCUUAAGCGAAAAAAUCCAUACAAACUGUUACAAGAACAAAAAAAUAUAGCUUCUAUUCAAAUACCAAUUAAAGAGCCUAUCCAAGAGGAUAUCCAAGAACCUGUUCAAGUAGCUAUCCAAGAACCUAUUCAAAAGGUUGUUAAAACCACAAGUAAAGAUACUCCAUUCAAAAAUCCUAAUAUUGAAUGGAAUUAUCAAAAUAUGAAAAGAAAAUUGG